AUGGCGGCAGAAGCGGCCAAGCCCCGUGUCCUAUGCCUCGACGGCGGAGGUAUCCGCGGUCUGUCCGAGAUCCUCAUUCUCAAGGAACUUAUGCUCCAAGUUCGGAUUCACAACGGCCUCGAUUACACACCGGAACCCUACCAAUGUUUCGACUUCAUUUGUGGGACGAGCACCGGUGGACUGCUCGCAGUGCUACUGGGACGGCUUGGCAAAACCUUGGACGAGUGCGAGGAGCUCUUUAGGAAGCUUGGAUCUGACAUUUUCGAGUCGAGUUCGCUCUUGAAGAGUUCUCGCCUGGUGUUGAAAGGUUCGAAACAUACAGGUGAAAGCCUCGGAGAGGCCAUCCGAGCCCAAGCUGGUCACGGCCUCAUGUAUGACGAAGAAUACCCCUCCACUGGCCACGUGCCUGUAGCGGUUGUCGCCGUUUCCAAGACCACAAUCAACGAUUAUCUCUUUCGAACAUAUGGGGUCCGAGCCAACACCGAAGCCUGUCCUAUCGUCGACGCAUGUAGAGCCACGUCAGCCGCUACGACAUUCUUCCCGUCGAUCAUGAUAAACGGAGUUGAAUAUGUGGACGGGGCGUUUGGGAAAAACAAUCCUAGCGGUGCUGCGCUCUCGGAAUUGGAGUCUUCAGAAUGGAUCGCCCCAAUGCAGGACGCUGUAAAUGGGGUGGCAUGUUUUGUCAGUGUUGGUACAGGCCGCCCUACCAUCAAGCUUAAAAAGUCAAGCUUGGCAUCCAGCUUCGUGCCAGGAGCUAUAAAGACGAUAGAAGCAGCAAAGAGUUGCAUGAAAAUCGCUACGGAUUGUCACAAAGUACACUUGGAGGUUGCAAACAGAUUUACGAAGGCAGGAGCGAAUGAGAUCUACUACCGGUUCGAUGUUGAUCGAGGGCUAGAGUCAGUUGCCCUAGACGAGAGCGACAAAGAAGCCUUGCAGCAUAUUUCGGCUGUCACUAAGGCUUAUCUCAGGGAACGUUCAACCGAGAUAGAAAAAUGUGCGAGGCUGAUUGUGCCAAUGAGAAGAGAUGAAGGAGUGCAAGGCUUGCAAGUCACAGUCUGCUCCGGCCUCCCCGAGAAGUCCCCUUAUUUUUACGGCCGUGGUGAAGAGCUGGGGCAGGUGAGAGAUGGCCUUGAACCAUCUAAACCAGGCCGCAAGGCCGUUCUACUGUGCGGGAUUGGCGGUUCCGGCAAGACUCAGCUUGUUCUCCAACAUAUUGAACAAUAUAAAACAGACUACACGGCAAUCAUAUGGAUAAAUGUAUCAAAUAAGGAGACUGCUGCCCAGUCUCUUGAAGAAGCUUCUAUCAUGAUUGCAACGCAAUGGCCAGCGGAUCUUCCGAUGCAUAGUAAUGGUAGUUCUAAUACGCUCUCCUAUAUACGGUCGAGACUCCUAAAUACGCGACAUCGGAAUUGGCUCUUGGUUCUCGAUAGCCUCGAUGACCCGAAUCACCAUUUCGCCGACUAUAUUCCCUCUUGUAACUUUGGAUCUGUCAUCGUUACUAGCACAGCAUUUCGGAGCUGUUCUGGGUUUAGGCCUGAAAAGCCUAUCGAGGUUGAAGGCCUAGACACGAUCAGUUCACUGUCCCUUCUAAACACGACUUCCAAACAAACCAGUUCAAGUGAAGAAGGCAAAUGGAGUGACGGGAAGAUUACUCCCCCAGUAUCUCAUCCCCAAGAAGACGGCGCAAGCCCAUCCUAUAAAGAACACACUGCUUCAGACGAGGAGGAUGUGGAGAGCGCCGCUGAGGAUGAUGAAUCAACGGUCAAGUUAUUUCUGAACAAACCCAGUUUCAACGUGGAUUCAAUGGCUCCUACUGUGAAGAUGGCUUUAUACCAAGCGGCGAAUAACCAAAAACUAAGGCCGAUCGAUAUUAUCCUUCAGUCAAACAUGUUCGGCGUGAGCGAAAGGGAUGUGGGAUGGUUGACACCGCUCUAUUGGGUUUAUGCGAGAACUUAUGCUGGAAGCCCGAGCAAGCUUCUCGACGCAAUCCUAAAUUAUCAACAAGAUGGAUAUACUGACCCGGUUCCGUUGCCAGACAUUAGUUUAAAAUAUCAAACAUUUAUCCACAUCCUACUCGAGAGACAUUCCAAUCCCAGGUUCUUCCUAACUGAGGAAUUUUUUACAGAACAAAGGCAUCAAGCUGCUGUGAAAAUCUUACUUCAGAAUAGUCCUGAUACGAAACUUAUGGGCCAAUUAGGAGUUCUUCCUCUUGUAUUCGCCGCUGAAGCGGCACACGAAGGUGUUGUCAAAUUACUGCUUGAUCAUAAGGCCGAUAUUGAAGCAAAGGAUGAAUACGGCUAUUCACCUCUUGUGAUUGCUGCAAGGUACGGCCAUGAAGCUAUUGUUAAGCUAUUGCUUGAUAAUAAGGCCGAUAUUGAAGCAAAGGAGGAACACGGCCAUUCAGCGCUGUCAUGUGCUGCAUCCUACGGCUAUGAGGUUGUUACUAAGCUAUUGCUUGAUCAUGGUGCCAAUACCGAAGUAAAGGAUACAGACGACCGUUCACCUCUGUUAUUUGCUGCAGCCUAUGGCUAUGAGGCUGUUACUAAGUUAUUGCUUGAUAAUGGUGCUAAUAUCGAAGUAAAGGACAAAGACGGCUAUUCACCUCUGUUAUUUGCUGCAUCCUAUGGCAAUGAGGCUGUUACUAAGCUAUUGCUUGAUAAUGGUGCUAAUACUGAAGUGAGGGAUAAACACGGCCGUUCACCUCUGUUAUUUGCUGUAAUUAACUGCUAUGAGGCUGUUGUUAAGCUAUUGCUUAACAACAAGGCAGAUAUUGAAGCAGAGGAUAAUGACGGUCGUUCACCUCUGGCACUUGCUUUAGACACUGGCCAAGACGCUAUCGUGAAGCUAUUACUUGAAAGCAAAGAAAAAUACAGCCCCAGCCGAUCACUUCUUACACUGCUACAAGGGGAGCAGGAGUGGUUAUGA